GGGGCCGGGCCGGGCCGGGCCGAGGUGCCCGCCGGGAGCUCAGCCGGGGCCGGCGGGGUGCGCGACGGAGAGAGCCCCGGCCCCGCCGAACCGAGCCGGGCCGGGCCGGGCCGAGCAGCGGUGAGGAAGAGGAGGAUUUGAAAAGCACGCAGGAUUGUCCUCACCGUAGGACCGAAUGCUUGACCUCUCCAUCUCUCUCUUGCAAGACUGAAUCAACCUCUUGGAUGUUCUGGCGUUUCCCCCAUCUCAUUCUCUUUUACAAGCGAGGGAACUGAGGCACGGGGAGGAGAAUUGCUUCACCUACGGCUCCUAAGCGUGGCCCUUUGCCACCCAGCUGCAGUUCCAGGGGUGCCCGUGUGACACGAGAGCCAAGAUGAAUGUGGGAACAGCGCACAGCGAGGUGAAUCCCAACACCCGUGUCAUGAACAGCCGGGGCAUCUGGUUGUCCUACGUCCUCGGCAUCGGCCUGCUGCACGUCGUACUCCUGAGCAUCCCCUUCUUCAGCGUCCCUGUGGUUUGGACUCUUACCAACAUCAUCCACAACAUGAGUAUGUACAUCUUCCUACACACCGUGAAAGGAACACCUUUUGAGACUCCGGACCAGGGGAAGGCUCGGCUGCUCACGCACUGGGAGCAGAUGGACUACGGCGUGCAGUUCACGGCAUCGCGCAAGUUCCUCACCAUCAUGCCCAUUGUCCUGUAUUUUCUAACCAGCUUUUACACAAAGUAUGACCGGAUACACUUCAUAAUCAACACCAUCUCCCUUAUGAGCGUCCUGAUCCCCAAACUGCCUCAGUUUCACGGAGUCCGGAUCUUUGGGAUCAACAAGUACUGAACUGCGUGGCUGGAGCGAAUGGAAGAGGAGCAGGGGAGAGGGGGAGGUUCCUUCUUUCUAGUCCUGCUUCUUCACCCCCACGCACACUGGGAUAUAAUUUCACAGCGGCUGUUUAAAUGCAGUAUCCAAUAGACAUAUACCGCAUGCUGGAUCCUCAUGCCCAAUAAGUCUAAACAAGCUCCAGAGUAGAGUUUAGUGCAGAGCAGGAUGCGUGACGCUGGGUUUCUUUUAUUCCAGCGUCAUAAAUAGAUGCAGAUACACUGAGACUUCAAGGUACAACGAGGAUGAAUUCUGGGGAGAUUGUCAUCUAUCCCAGACAUUGAGUGAAGAGGAUAGGGAUGAGGGGAAAAGCUUUUAGUGCUGGUACUAUUGCUGUGGUAAAUGCACUUUAAAAUAUAUUUCCCUUUCUGAAGCUAGGUGCUUUAAGCGAUCUGUGGGGGAAAUUCAAAGGGAUACAGCCAGACUUUCCCAAUACUUGAUUGUUUCAGGGUUUGAGUUCCAUUUUUGGGUGGGGGAGGGGGAAGAGAAUGACAGAUUUUUAUUUUGCAAUCUUUUACGCCACUGAGAAAGGAAGUUCUUUUACUAAAAACAGCACAGGAAGGAACAACCUGCAAUUUGACAAAGCUUUCAGUUUUCUACGGUACCAUAUGUGUGGUUCAGGGAAAAGCUCAAGAGAUCCUAAAUCAUACUUGUUAUUUUCAGCUUAUACCAGAAUCCACCCGGAUAAUUCUGCUCCCCACCCUAAACCGCUAAUUUUUAAGCGCGGUGAGCGUGCGAGCAGUACAGCUUUGGGUUAAGGGCUGGGGCGCAGGUCAUUUUAAUGAUCAAAUGCCGCUGAGCUACUUGGCACAUGGUGACUGCACAAGCACAGGAGAAGCUGAUUGAUACAGGCUAAAGGAGAGACAGAUAGCUGCUUGCUAUAAUCAGUUAGUGACUAUAAUCGGAAUUCUUCUCCUCAGUCCAGCUCCUUGGUCUCUUAAGGCUGUGUACAUGUUACUGGGAUUUGCCAGUGGAUUUUACUCAGUAUCCGACUCAAGGCAAGCAAGUGUUUGAUUUCUGGCUUACCUGGAAGUCCGUCGCUCGGCUUCACGCACAAGUGCUGCGGCAGCGUCCCCUGAGCCCUUCGGUGGUCAGUGGCAAGGGAGCUGCACCAGCAGCAGGCUGAACUGACCAAGAGAAGGAUGCAACAGGUCACUGAUGAUAAUAGAUUAUUUAGUAUAGGAACAAAAUUGAGCCUUUUUCCCAUAAAGUUACCAGCUAGACAAAGCAGCUUUGCAGGUUUAGUUUUGCUGGCUGAGAUAGCUUUCCAGUGUUCAAAGCAAUCGGUUUUUCUUUUGGGUUGUGUGCCGGAUGAAAUGGGUUUUUUCCUCAUGCUUCCCCUGUAAACUCAUGAAAGCCUGUAUUUUUGUUGUCUUAGUGCUUAUAUUGUCUCACACUUUUGACAAUGGUAUAAACAUUUUAGAUAUGCUAUUUUUGUUCCUGCAUUAGCCAAUUCUAGCUUUAGAGGUCACAGUGGAUGUAGUCGAGUUCUGUUUGAUGGUCUGAGCAUAGGACAUGGAUAGGGGAACCUCAGGUUUGCGUAUAAAAUCUAGUACUACUCCAGGCAUAAUUUUAGGCAAGCUGCUUUACUGCUCUCUCUCGGACUUACUAUUGGACUGCUGCAGAGAAGGGAAAAACAUUUAGCGUACCUCAGAGGGCUGCUGGAAAGCAUAGAGAAUCAUUACCUAAUAGGUUUGAAAUGUGGAAAUAUUUUAAGUGAAAAGGGAGUUUUGAAGAAGGUAGAAAGAGAAAAGAGUCUGGCUUGAUACCCGAGUGCCGUUCUCCAGCGAUGGAGUUUGACAGAUGUGCAAUCUACAUGAUGGGGGGGGUUAAACCUUUUAACCAGCACGACAUAAGGACUGCUGCUUUAGUUAAGGUACUAUAUACCCUAAAGCUAAUAUACUCUUUAAGAUACUAGACAAUGACUUUUGGGAAAAAAAAAAUAAUAUUGUUUUCAAAAUAGAGAUAUUUCAUCGAUCAGCUAAGUACCUUUGAAGUGACUAGGAAAUGAACAGUGUCGAUGCCCGGUGUGCGUACAGAAAGGGCACUGCCCUCAGAGCUGUAGUGCCUGUCCUUAAGAGGAUGGCUAAGGCUGUAUCUGUAGUGCAGGCUGUAUGUUGCUUAACAGAUCUGAAUGUCUGCCCGCAGACACAACUUACUUGCCAAUGGUAAAUCUCCAGAGGAAAGAAAACUAUUUAUUUAUUUUGGUAAAAUACAAGGGCAAAAACAUCAGCUUUUCUGCAACAGAAACAGUCCCUAUAUGCUUAAAAAUGUUACUCCUACAUAGACAGACAUAUACUGGUUAUUUCUAAGUAUAUGCACGUUACACAAAAUCAAAGGAGUUUUGAUAUUUUUAGCUUAAUUAUAAAUUGAAGGUAGGGUCAGCUUUACUCAAUGAAGUUCAGCACUUCACACAGUUUCCUUGAAGGCCUUGGCAUUAUAGCAGCUGGGGGUUUGAGCGUGUUAUUUGUGCUGUUAACUGACACUAUGGACAUCUGAUUCUGUUUUGUUAAAUUAAAAAUCAACUGUAAAACAGAAUGGGAUUAUAAACUUCUUUAAAAGGCAAUUUUUAAAGCCUGAAGUCUAAAACAUCUCAUUAGGCAAAGCCUUAAUUAUAAUAGUAAGCUUUUCUGAUUUACCUUGUUCACACAAGUGAUUAAAAUAGCCAUUACACAGAUAUAUUGCAUGGGAAAUUACAUUCUUUACAACACAGGGAUAGCAUUUUUGCCAUGCAAUAACUGAAGUUAACUUGGACUCAUACAGUUAAUCCAAUCAAGGAAAACAGAAAUGAAAACUGGAGAAAUAUGGAAAGAAGUGAGAGAGCUGAAGAAAGACUUCAUGUUAAUAAUGUGGUGUGUUAAAUAUCUAUGUAAGAUUAAUAUUUACUUGGAACAAUUAUACAGCUGAGAGUAUCUUCCUUAAGAUCCCACCUUAAGGGUAGGUAUCAGAAUUAAUCAAAAAUAGAAAGGAAACCAUAAGUUAAUUGUAAUUAAACUGCAGUUGCUACUUGUUGGGUGUUGGUAGUUUUAAGUGAGAGAGUUUGGGUUCUGCUGGUGAAGCCUCACUCAUGCGCUGGUUGCGUGGCUCCUUCCUGCCGGUGUCACAGAAGCGAGCAGAACCUGACUGAAGUUCGAGCUGACCAUCUCCACUGCAGUGGUGUGGAAGCAACGGACACGGUUCUAGGUCUCCUGGAACUCUGUACUGAAACCACUUCUGGUUUAUUUGUGUUUGCUAAAUUCGUAUGGAAGUGAGUUCAGCACUGGAAGGCUAAUCUUGUGCACACACACAAGUUCGAGCAUAGUCAAAACACUAACACUGUCGUGGGAUAACUAAUUUCUGAGAAAAGGGAGAUCGGGACAGCAUGGGCAGGACGAGGCAUUUUCAGACAUGCACUUGCGGCUAACGCAGCAGUGAUCUAAGGCUGAAGCCUACCUUUUGCAUGGAGAACUGGAACGUGAGUGCAAAGACUGUCCAUUCAUUCUUUUAGGCUGUACAAUUUUCUCCAAGUACCUGCGUGAAAGAGGUAAUUGAUCGUUAUUGAUUUUAAAUGGGAUUUUGUUCACAUCACACUCAACAGAUUUUCCUCUAAAACUUGUGCUGGCUUCCUGUAUAGUGACUACAGCAAACGACUUCUGGAGACUUAAAGGCAGGCUCCAUCCUGUGACCGAGAAACAAUUACUGGAGAAGUAGGUACUUAAAAUGCUUUUCUCUUUUGUCCUGCAAUGAAUGCAGGAGAAAAGCUUUAGAAAACCACCACCUGAACCGUUCACAGGCACUGGCAGAAGCCGGCCCUCUGCCCCAUCUUGUCCUGGGCAAAACUGCUUCUAAGCCGCUGUUAAGCCCAGGCAGGUAUUCACACAGCGUGGCAGUCACUGCACCACGCAAGUCAGAACACAAUCACCUACCACCAGCCCAAUGCUUCUGAGUUAGGGAUCCCAUCUUGGCAUUUGUUUAACUUAGAUAACAAUAUACACACAGUCCAACCCCUUUGCAGGAAAAAGGCUUUUAAAAAAAAAAAAAAAAAGCCUGAGAGAUAGGGCUAUUUGUCCCAAGUACUUUAUUUUAAUCAUUAAUUUUUUGUUUGUUUUAAUAGAAGCACGGUACUGGCCCUUGAAAAGGGGACAGCAGCUGGUUACCAUUGUUAACAUAUUAAUAUUUCUUAUUGUGACUUACAUUGCUUUAUCAUUGCCUAUAAUAUCUUUUAAGCAUGCGAGUGUUUGUGUAUAUGUAUCCUCCUUGGAUCAGUUUAAGUGAGCUAAAUUAGUUGGGGUUUUUUUAAUGGAACAUUCUGACAUUGUACAUAGUUUUAGGGUUUUUUUUCCAGUAGCCCUUCUUUUUGCUGUGUAUACAGAAGUCUCAUGUAGACAACUUUCUAAAAUAAAGUGUGAAUAUUUUUAUUACUCCUUUGUACAGUAUUCUAAGAGAAACUAAUAAAGUAAGUAUUAAUGU